AUGCUGCUUGUAAUUCCAGCAUUUCUUGAUGGGAACUCUUAUGUCCAUUACCAUGAACUGUCGGGCCGUUUUAUUGCAGGUAAUAGUGACGGGUUGAUCAAGGUCUUCGAUCCUGAACUGGCUGACCUGGAGCCCUUGUCUUUGGAUAUCCUUGAAAACUUGACAUCCAUUUCGUCACUGGGUGCUAAUAUUCUUUUCACUAAUACUGAAGGUGACUUGGCUGUGCUUGAGUUAUCUGACUCACCUACUGGAGAUGAGACUUUCAAGGUCAUCUACAAGAAUGAUUUUCCCUUGAGAGAUAGUACUUACAUUAAUGAGGGUAAGAGAAUUGCUACUGGAGGAGAUGCUGAUGAUCUUAUUAUUAUUGACUGUGCUGACGAUUUCCGUGUGAGCUCAAUUCAGAUGCCAGACUCGGUGGUGAGUGUCUCAUAUAACCCAGCAGGUGAGUUGAUCAGUGUGGGACUUGCUAAUGGUGAUAUUCAAUUGGUAUCUGUGGUUAACGAAAAGCCAGAGUUCUUGGAAAAGCUCACUAAAGUGAUGCACGAAAAGCAACAUUCGUCAGUUGACAUUGUAAACUUCAAUGGUCAGCAUAAGCAUGAAAUCGUUCCCACAAAGGCACAAUGGCUCAGUAACGGUGAGUUCCUUUUUGUGCCAACGAAACAAGGUACCAUAAAGAGCUUCAACAGAUCCGACUUGCUGCAAAAAAGAGAAUUCAGACAUUCACAGGAUGAACUCAUUUCAUACACCGUUUCUCCCAGCCACAAAUUCCUUCUUACGCUCCACAAGAAUGGCUCUCUCCUAGUUUUUGACACAGACAUCGGUGAUCUUGUUUCAACCUUGAAAUUAGGUGAGUUUGAGCAUUUGCCAUUAAAUGUUGCUUGGAAUGGCCAAAUUGCUUUCGUCGGGACGACUAAUGGAGAACUUCGUUCCAUACCAGUUGCUCCCCAGGAACCCGAAGAAGUGCCUCUGCGUGUUCGUUCAGAAGUUAAUUCUCUAUUUCUUGACGAGGCAAGCGAAUCCGAGACCGAGGAGCCCGUGGAGGUUGCAAACGGCCAUGUUCCCGAGAAGAGAAGAGCCAACGGUCUAGACGACUCAAGAAUUAUUGACGAAGACGAUGAAGAAGAUGAAGAAGGCGAUAUCGAAAAGUUCCAUAACGUACCGGUGAGUGACUAUCUUCAACAUAGACGUAAAAGACAGAAGCCACUGCACGGCUCGGAACAAGAGGAAGAACGCCCGAUUGUCGAACCAAAACUAUUCAACUUCAAGCCUUACACACCCGGAUCGACGCCAUGGAUCACCUCAUUGGAUUCCACAACCAGAAGGCGUUAUUUAUUCAUGAAUUCUAUUGGUUACGUCUGGGCGGUCAGAAGUGAUACUUUCAAUGAUCCAAAUAGCCACCAGAGCAUCACAAUCUCAUUCUUUGACAGGACAAGUAAUAAGGAUUACCACUUUAUUGAUCACUACAACUACGAUUUGUCUUCCGUUAACGAGAGAGGCGUCUUAUUGGGUAACUCGGGUUAUAUGGAAAAUGGAAUCAAGAAUGGCGGUCACAUCUACUACAGACAUCAUGCAUCAAUCAACGAUUCCUGGGAGAGACGUAUACCAUUAUUGAGAGGUGAGUACAUUACAUCCCUUUGUCUCACAAGUUCUGCCCUGGCAACUUCUAACGAUUCGAUAAUUGUUGUUGGUACCAAUCAUGGCUACUUGAGGUUUUUUAAUCUUUAUGGUCUUUGCAUUAACUUGAUGAAGGUCUCACCAGUUGUGGCCUUGAUCUCGUCUCUGAUUUCCACCAUCUUUGCCAUUCAUCGAGUGGAACAUAACAAUUACAACUACUCCAUCAUUGACGUCAGCGAAGAUUACAAAUUUUUGCAACAGGGUGCUCCUAUCACUUUGGAAACAACUCAAAAUGCACCAUUGAUUAAGGGUAUCUUUUUUAAUGAAUUGCAUGAUCCAUGUGUUGUGGCCGGCUUCGAUGAUACAUUGAUGGUUUUGUCCCACUGGAGAGAACCUGGAAACGCAAGAUGGGUACCUCUUCUCAGCUGCGGUGAAGUUGUGACCGAUUAUGGUCUUACAAGGUCCAAAAAGAACUGGAAAUCAUGGCCCUUGGGUCUCACAGACGACAAGUUUAUCUGUUUGAUCUUGAAGAACAACGACAAAUACCCAGGUUUCCCACUUUCGUUACCCCUUGAACUAGAGGUUAAAUUACCAAUCAAGAGCUUUAAGCAUCUACUGGGCGAGGAGAAUAAGGACAAGGACGAUCUUGAUAUAGAAGAUAAUGACCAUACAUCUAAGGUGGAGAAGUUGAAGGAGGAAGACCCUGAAGAAGAGUUCUUGAGAGCAUCUACACUCGGCAAGCUUCUUAAUCUGUCUCUACCAGAUCUUGAGGAUCAAGAUGAGCUGCUUGAAAGAUUGAAUGGCUACAGUAUGGCAUUUGACAAAUCGUUGCUUAAGCUCUUUGCGAACGCAUGUCAAGAUCUGAGACUCAACAAAGCACUCAGCGUUGUCAAACUAGUGAAGAACGAUAAAGCCUUGCUUGCAGCCUCGAGGAUUGCCGAGAGAUUUGAGUUUAUGAACCUUGCUGGGAAGAUCACCAAGCUCAGAGAAGACUUGCACGAACUAGAAGAUGACGAUUGA